CUCCCCUUCUCCCGCCACAUCCCCGCUCUCCCGACGUCAUGUCCAAACAAUUCCAGUUUAAACUUGUUCUUCUGGGCGAAUCCGCGGUGGGGAAGUCCAGUCUGGUAUUGCGUUUCGUGAAGGACCAGUUUGAUGAUUACCGAGAGAGUACUAUUGGAGCCGCCUUCCUGACACAGACUGUGACACUCGAGGACCAGACGACCGUCAAGUUCGAGAUAUGGGAUACGGCAGGACAGGAACGCUACAAGUCCCUUGCUCCCAUGUACUACCGCAACGCCAACUGCGCUGUCGUAGUGUAUGAUAUCACGCAGUCCACGUCAUUAGAGAAGGCCAAGUCCUGGAUCCGGGAACUCCAGCGGCAGGCCGAUCCUAACAUUGUCAUCGCUCUCUGCGGCAACAAGCUCGACCUUUCGGCCCGACGCCAAGUGUCUCAGGAAGAGGCCAAGAAGUACGCCGAAGAGGAGGGCCUCAUGUGGGGCGAGACGAGUGCUAAGACUGGCGAGGGCGUAUCAGACAUUUUCACCUCUAUCGCCAAGAAGCUCCCGCUUACUGCACCACCUUCCGCACGGGGAGGCACACGCCCCGGUGUACCGGGCGGCAGAACAGGGGUCGAUUUGAACAAGCAGGCGAACGCUGGCCAGGGCCAAGGCGACCAGUGCAAUUGCUGAACAUAUUGUCGUCUGUCAUCACUACCGUUUCCGUCGCCUAGUGUUCAUCUGUACAUUGGCUCCCUCCUGGAUUCUCGGUCCCAUAUGGUCUGUUUCUACUUCGCUCCCGCUCUUCAUUGUAGUCUACCUGCCAUUAGCUCGCUUUUAUAUAUGGACUUGCCCAUGCGGAUCCUU